AUGUCAAGCAAUGGCAAAUUGCGGGUUCUUGGUCGCCAGCAAACGAGCUCUGCUUCUGUCGUAAAGAGAGCAGAUGAAAUGGACAGUCCAAAACUCCAUGUUGUGUUCUAUCGACCCCGUUACGGCAAUUUUCAACAUUGGGCAUUGUAUCUUGAUGCCGACGACCAGGAUGUAAUCUUUGAGGUUGUUGGAUCGCAUCCGAACUUCCAGCCCAAUGUCGUGUAUUCGAAACCCGAACGUUCCAAGAAUUUUGUUGGCAAAGUCUUCAUUGCUACAAUGAGCAAAAACGACAUUCAAAGGGUGCAUGAUGUCGUCCGUGAGACUCCUGUGGAUAACGACACCGUGGAAUGGGAUUGUCAGGAAUAUGUGCUUGAUAUUCUCGACAAGCUAGAAGAUGAGUUCAUUUUGGAAGAGGAUGAUGAGGAGUACCGUGAAGCUCGGGAUGAAUUGAAGGAAAAGCGAGGCGCAAUCCUCUAA